AUGUUUUUUCUUUUCUCUCUCUCUUUUGUUUAUGCGUUUUCUUUUCCCUUUCCUUCUCUCAUGCAUUUUUUUUCUUUCUCUCAUGCAUUAUUCUUUUCUCUCUCUUCCUCUCACACGUUUUUUCUUUUCUCUCUCUUCCUCUCACACGUUUUUUUCUUUUCUCUCUCUUCCUCUCACACGUUUUUUCUUUUCUCUCUCUUCCUCUCACACGUUUUUUCUUUUCUCUCUCUUCCUCUCACACGUUUUUUCUUUUUUCUCUCUUCCUCUCUCACGUUUUUUCUUUUCUCUCUCUUCCUCUCACACGUUUUUUCUUUUCUGUCUUUUUCAUGCAUUUUUCUUUUCUCUCUCACACAUUAUUCUUUUUCUCUCAUGCAUUUUUCUUCGCUCUCUCUCACGCAUUUUUCUUUGUUCUCUCUCUCUCACGCAUUUUUCUUUGUUCUCUCUCUCUCACGCAUUUUUCUUUGUUCUCUCUCUCUCACGCAUUUUUCUUUGUUCUCUCUCUCUCACGCAUUUUUCUUUGUUCUCUCUCUCUCACGCAUUUUUCUUUGCUCUCUCUCUCUCUCACACAUUUUUCUUCGCUCUCUCAUGCAUUUUUCUUCGCUCUCUCACACAUUUUUCUUCGCUCUCUCUCUCUUUCUCUCAUGCAUUUUUCUUUCCUCUCUCUCUUUCUCUCGCCUAUUUUUCUUUUCUCUCUUUCUCGCCUAUUUUUCUUAUUUUUUUUCACUUUUUCUCUCACUCAUUUUUCCUAUUCUCUCUCUCUCCAUUAGACAUUUUUUCUCUCACAUGCAAUUUUUGUUUUCUCUUUCUCUAAUGUUUUUUUCUUUCUAUUCUCUCUCUCUCUCUCACACAUUUUCCUUUCCUCUCUCUCUCACACAUUUUCCUUUCCUCUCUCUUUCCCUCAUGUAUUUUUUUUCUUUUCUCUCGUUGACAAGUGUAUUUCAUUGA